AUGGUAAAAGCGGAGACGAAGCGGAUAAAGUUGAUCGUAAUCUCCAUCGGAACGGAAGAAAGAGCGCGAGAUUUUUGCAGAGAAAACGAAUUCCCGAUGGAGAUUCUAUACGCCGAUCCGAUAAACGUGACGUACGAUAAACUUCGAUUGAACUUUGGGGUGAAAGAAACGUUGUUCGAUGCGUCGACGCCGUAUUCCAUCGCGGAGAGGAUUCGAGAGGGGAAGAUUAAGGAGUUGACGGACGUGCUCAAGCGGUGGAAACCGUGGAUACCGCCGAAAAGGGAACAAGGGUUGCAACAAGGCGGGACGUUUGUGUUUGAUACGAAGAGGAUUAAAGGAGAUUCGGAGGUGGAGUACGAAUGCGUGUACGAUUGGUACGAUCCGAGUACCGGCGCGCACGCGCCCGCGGAGGAGAUUUUGGAAGCGUGCGGGAUUGAAUAA